AUGGUCACGCAACCCGCACCCGUGGACAAGGGCCUCACCGUCCACCGCGAGGCCACGCUGCGGCAGCUCGCCGAGUACGCGGCCCGGCUGCUCGACGACAUCGAGACGCCGCACGCCGACGAGCACGCCUACGCCGCCCUGCUCGCCGACAACGUGCGCCGCGUCGCCGCCCGAGCCUGCUGGAUCGUCCGCUCCGCCGUCAACCCGUGCGAACAGGAGCGCAUCCUCGCGCUCGCGAACCCCUGGCUGCACGAGAUCCGCGACCGCCUUGAGUCCCGCGCCCGCACUAGAACCGACGACGCCGACGGCACGGCCCGAACCGUCGUCACCGAGUGGGUGUUUGACGACGCCGACCUCACGAGGCUCACGCUGCAGGCGGACAGGAUCGUCGCUGAGGGCGUCGCCAUUGACGACGCGCGUCGUGCGCACAACCCGCCCAAGGCCCCGGCCAUCCUCUAUGAGGACAAGCUCGAGGACCUCCGCGAUAGGCUCAUGCCGGAGCGCUACCUCGGCCCGUGGAUCAAAUUCGCCGGCAUCCGGCAGUGGCUCGACCACUGCGACGUCGAGCACACCGCCCACUGCCAACUCUCGGCCCGCAGCCGCGACAUCUUCGCCCACCACCCAAAAUGGCUCGUCGACGUCGAGCGCCGCUGUCUGGUCCCGGCCCGGCCCGGUCAGCGUUACCUCGCGCUCAGCUACGUAUGGGGUCCGAACGCCUCGUUCCAGACACUGACGAGCAACGUCGAGGCACUCCAGCACGAGGGCGCCCUGGUUCCGUUCCCGCCAGGCGCCGCCGACGAUCGUGAGGAGCUCGGGGCGAAGAAGCGACAUAGCAUCGCAGGCCUAGACAGCUUAGCCCGCACAGUCUCGGACGUCAUCGAAUUUGUCGACCGUCUCGACGAGCCGUAUCUUUGGGUCGACGCCCUCUGCAUCGUCCAGGACGACGAGGCGCACAAGCAGGAGCACCUCGCUCACAUGGGGAGCAUCUACGCCAAUGCCUACGCCACCAUCGUUGUCGCUAACGGUGCCGCGCACCACGGCCUCUGCGGCAUCCAAGACAUUACGCUGCCGAUGCGCCGCACCCGGGGCAGCACGCCGUACACGCCGUCGUAUGUGCGCCGGCCAGGCUCCCUGGCGGCGGCGGUGCAGCGACACAUGGGCACGAUGCAACGCUCCGUGUGGAACAAGCGCGCGUGGACGUUCCAGGAGCAAAUCUUUUCGCGGCGGCUCAUCAUCCUCGACGACAGCGACGUCACCUGGGAGUGCCACUGCAGCGUGUGGCUCGAGGGCGUCAAGGCUGUUGAGGCCCAGUGCGCCCGCAACACCGCCGUCGUCGCCGAGGGCUUCUCCUUCCACAUGAAUCCCAAGUUCCGCGACUAUGCGGACCAUGUGCGGCAGUACAACCGACGACUGCUCAGCUAUCCGGAGGAUUCGAUGGAUGCGUUCGCGGGCAUCCUCACUGUGCUGCAGACUACGUUUCUCGGGGGGUUCCUGUGCUGUCUACCAGUCAUGUUCUUCGAUACAGCUCUGCUAUGGUACAAUGAGGGCGUGGUGGACGAGCGCGUGCCAAGGCACCGCCGCCACGGGGACGGGCUGGCUCCAACGUGGUCGUGGGCUGCGUACAGUGGCAAUGUUGCGUUUCCCGACUUCUCCACGGCUAAGGAAGGGGUCCGACCUCUCGUGCGGUGGAAAUACUGUCGCGGUGACGUGAAGAGGUGGUUACCGGUGCUCUCGCUGGAGAGGCAGCAGCCCGAGAAAAGGUUUCCAACGGCGGCAGAAUUACAGGAGCUUGUCCAAGCCAUGACUCUGGAAGACGGCGGCCCGGCGCCUGCAGGCGAGCCCUCUUUCCCUCAAGGCACCGGCAUCACGCACCACAAUAUUCUGCAUGCGCGGCCCGAACGAGCCGUGUUCAAUGUCUUGGAGUUCUAUGGCGACGCAGGUGUUCCGCUGGUGGGUGCAUCUGGAGAGUGCGUGGGCGUGCUUACGCCGUGCAAGAAGCUAGGCAGCCAUGCCGUAGAUGCCAAGACAGUGAUUUCGUGCGAGCUGGUAGCCGUUUCCGAGUCGUUUAUCAACGGCAUGGAAACGUACAACGUGCUCUGGAUCGAAAAGAAGGGCAACGUAUACGUACGCAAGGGCGUGGGCCGGAUCCUCAAAUCCGACUGGGUGAGCCAGAAGCCAGGACGACUAGACUUGCUGCUAGUAUAG